CUAGGGGAGCGAUUUCAUUUUUAUUUCCUGGCUCAGACACAUCACACAAGCUCUUCGCUCCGCUUUGCAGCGAACCGCGGCACUGAUCCCCUUCGUAUCAAAAUACUUCAGAAUAACUAGUACUGUAUUACAAUUUAGAAUAGCAAUGUGACACAGUCAGCGAUCUAGACUAAAGCACAGCUGCACCUACAUGAUUGUAUUCGUAAUGGCAGUCAGCGUGGUGUUACUAUAUUGUACCUUGGCGCUAGUUACCGUGCUGUUGCUAAAGGGAAGGAGAUGGCUGCGACUCGCCUACUAUUUGCGACGGAUUCCUGAGCCAACGCAGGGUCAUCUCAUAUCGGGACAUCUUUCGAUGUUUGUGGACCGACAGCAGGUUAGGGAACGCAGAGCAGAAUGGCAGCGCAGACUGUCUUAUAUCUACAAGUACAACAUUGGCCUUAUCGCCAGUGUUGUGAACCUUGUUCACCCGGACACUGCUGCUGUUGUAUUUCGCGGUUCAUCAUUCCCCAAGGAUAGAUACUUUUACGGCUUUCUGAAGCCCUGGCUUGGAGAAGGCCUAUUGGUAAGCAAUGGGCAGAAGUGGGCCAGAGAUCGGCGACUGCUCACUCACUGCUUCCACUUUGACAUACUGCGAGACUACGUAGAGGUGUAUACGGAUGCGUGCGGCAUCAUGCUGCAGAAAUGGUCCGAAUCGUGUGCAAGAGGAGAGAGCGUGGACGUGACUGUGUCAUGUACCAUGCUAACACUGGAUGUGAUUCUGCGGUGUGCCAUGGGCUUUGAGUCGGACUGUCAGAUGGAAGACGGCAAGUCCAGUAGUGGCAAUACGCUAGCCAGCAGGUAUGCAAAGGCUGUUGUGUACAUUGCUAAUGCAAUACUUCAGCGGCAAAAUAACAUCUUGCACCAUUCAGAUUUCUUGUUCUCGCUCACCAGCGAAGGCAGAAAGUUGGCUAAAGAGUUGAAAGUGUCCAAGGAGAUGAGUCAGCACCUCAUUCAAGAAAGGAAAGCUGCUCUUCAAGAGAGCGGCGGAAAAUCUGCUGCAGAAUGCCGUGACUUCCUUGAUGUAUUGCUUACUGUCAAGGACGAGGACGAUAAUGGGCUUACAGACGAGGAGGUCCGUGAACAAGUGGACACGUUCCUGUUCCGCGGACAUGACACCACCGCCAGUGCGUUACAAUGGGCUCUAUACCACCUGGCACAACACCCUGAGUUUCAAGAGAAGUGUCGAUCUGAAGUAAAGGCGGUGGUGUUGGAUGGCAAAGAUGUGAGCAGUGGUACAUGUGUGACUGGCAGCAUUUCUCAUGAGCACCUGGGUAAGCUAAAGUAUCUGACACAGUGUGUCAAGGAAAGCAUGCGCAUUAGCACGCCUGUGCCGUUUAUCGGACGUGAAACGCAGGAAGACGUCACGAUCAACAACACAUUCAUCCCAUGCGGUGCAACAAUCGAGCUGCCGCUUCUCGACAUGCACAUGUGCGAGGAGCACUGGCCUGAGCCAUUGAAGUUCGAUCCGGAGCGUUUCUCCCCGGACCAGAGCCAAGGACGCCAUCCGUACUCGUAUGUACCUUUCUCUGCUGGACCCAGGAACUGCAUUGGCCAGUCUAUGGCCAUGGAUGAGCUGAAGACCUCACUGGCAAUGGUCUUGAUGCACUACCGAUUGGCAGUUGAUCCACUCAUCCCAACGCCAAAGUGGUCGCCAGCAAUGAUUGCACGGCCAGUUCCGAACAUUCACCUUCUAGUUGAAGAGGUGUAGUUGCAUGAAUCAACCGUGAUUUCAGUGAUGGAGUACUUUAAAUGCUGCAAGCCAAGCCAUGUCGUCUAGCGCUACUGAAAAGUUGCCGCAGAUUCCAUGUGUUUGUAGAUUUUUAAACGGAACACUAUGAUGUGGCAUAUUAUAAUCCUCUUUUGUUGCAAUGCUGUGAACCGUUGCAUCUUACAAGAAAACUAAGUUUUCUAUUUGUUCAUUUGCUCAGCUUUACAACCCUUUCUCGACAAAUAUUUCGUAAGAGAUUAUUUCGUUUUUGCAUUAUUUAUUGUUCAGGUAGUUAUGCAAGGUUCCUACGGUGAUUUCUUUACAAUCGAAUUAGGAGAACGUUCUAUUUACCAAAUUAGAAUUACGAUAUAUUUACCCCCCUCCCCCAAGCCCUGCACCUGCAUGCUAGCCACAUCAAGAAAAUUUCCUUAGCGAUCAGUUUUGAAGAAGAGGUUUGUAGCAACUUUGGUGAUAAAAAAAAAAAUUCGAUUGUUUUUUGGAAUACUUUUAAUUGGAAUUGGAGAACUUCAAAUUCAAUGUCAGCAGUCUCAUGACAAGCAAGGUCUCACUGAGGUUCGAGUCCUGGUGAGGUUGGUAUUUAUUUCACUUUUCAGGCA